AAGCACCUUUAGGAAAAAUAAAUAUUUUGCCUCGUCUGAGAAAAUGGAUUUUGAAUAUAAACAGAAAACGAAUGCAGAAAGAGCGAAAGUAGAGGACCUUUUCGAUUACGAAGGAUGCAAAGUUGGACGAGGAACUUAUGGACAUGUGUAUAAAGGCAAAAGGAAGAACAGGUUAAAUACUGAUGGAAGAGAAUAUGCCUUAAAACAGAUAGAAGGUACAGGAAUUUCUAUGUCAGCAUGUAGAGAAAUUGCUCUGUUGAGAGAGUUAAAGCAUCCAAAUGUUAUCAGUCUACAGAAAGUUUUCCUGUCACACACAGACAGAAAAGUAUGGCUACUGUUUGACUAUGCAGAACAUGAUUUAUGGCAUAUAAUAAAAUUUCAUAGAUCAGCAAAAGCAAACAAAAAACAGAUAGAUGUACCAAAAAAUAUGGUGAAAUCUUUGUUGUUCCAAAUCCUUGAUGGGAUACAUUAUCUUCAUGCUAACUGGGUAUUACACAGAGAUCUGAAACCUGCCAACAUUUUAGUGAUGGGUGAAGGUGAAGAACGAGGCCGAGUCAAAAUAGCUGACAUGGGAUUUGCCAGAUUAUUUAAUUCACCAUUAAAACCUCUUGCUGAUUUAGAUCCAGUGGUUGUGACUUUCUGGUACAGAGCUCCAGAACUUUUACUUGGUGCUAGACAUUAUACAAAAGCUAUAGAUAUAUGGGCUAUUGGUUGUAUAUUUGCAGAAUUAUUAACAUAUGAACCUAUAUUUCAUUGUCGUCAAGAAGACAUAAAAACAAGUAAUCCGUAUCAUCAUGACCAGUUAGAUCGUAUAUUUAAUGUAAUGGGAUUUCCACAAGAUAAAGAUUGGGAAGAUAUAAGAAAAAUGCCAGAGCAUGGCACAUUGACUAAAGAUUUUAAAAGAUCAAAUUAUGUAAAUUGUAAUUUAGUAAAAUAUAUGGAAAAACACAAAGUAAAGCCCGACAGUAAACAGUUUCACUUGUUACAAAAGUUGCUGACUAUGGAUCCAACUAAAAGAAUUACCUCAGAACUAGCAAUGAAAGAUCCCUACUUUUUAGAGGACCCCCUACCAUCUCAGGAUGUGUUUGAAGGCAAAAACAUUCCAUAUCCUAAACGUGAAUUCCUCACUGAUGAUGAUGAUGACAAGGCAGAUACAGGAGCAAGCAAGGCUGGAGGCGCCGAUCAGUCAUCAGGACACAAUCAGCCACCAGCGAAGAGAGUUAGAGUUAUGCCCCCUUCUACGGUCAGUAGUUCAAUGGUUUCAAGUGAUUAUCAGCAUAUUCAUAAUGUUCAAGCACAGCAGGCACUACAGUUUUCCUCCAGCAAUAUACAGACAUCAACUUCAUCCACAUAUACAUCAAGAUUCUGAGGGAUUUAAAUGGUCACCAUCUGCUAUAAAUUGAUUUGAAACGAGAAACUUACAGAACACGUAUGGAACCUCCGUUUGCCAGCUUUUUUACUUCUUGUUGUUGGAACUUUGCAAUCGAGUUACUGGUACAUUUGACAAUGCUUCAGGCUUCAUAUUAAUUAACAAUUGACAACUUCAAAUAAGGAGAGUUUUAAACUGUUAUGUUAUAAUUAUGAGUGUCAACUAAGUUAUCUAUAUAUAAGUAUCUGUAUUUUUGUAAACUUAAAGUAUUGUGUUUGUAUAUACUUUUGCAUUGUACAUUCGUUUAUUUCACUUAUUUCUCAGGAGAUACUUUUUCAUGGAAAUAAGUUCUAGCAGAUAUUUACUGAUAACAUUAUAUAUAUGCAGUAAUAUGAAGUCAGGGGCCUGUAGUUCAGUGUUUGUCGUUGGUUUAUGUCUGUCAUAUUUGUUUUUUGUUAAUUGUUUUGUUAAAAAUUAGGCCGUUAGUUUUCUACAUUGAAUUGUUUCAUAUUUUUCAUGUUGGGGCCUUUUAUAGCAGACUAUACAGUAUGGGUUUUUCUCAUUGUUGAAGGCUGUAUGGUUCCCUAUAUUUGCUUUCAUCCACUUUAUUUGAGCUUUGGUAGAUAGUUGUCUCAUAAUAGACUCUCAUUGGCAAUCAUACCUCAUCUCUUUAUUUUUAUAGUAAUGUGAAUUUAUGUACACCAUCAUUUAUAUUGUAUAAAAAAUUGUAAAUUUAAGUACAGGAGAUAAAGGCACAAUUACAAUGCACUGUUUAUAUAAAAUUUUAUAGUUGAGAGGUUUGCUUUAGAAUAUUUAGAUCAGUCAUCAGUUUAACUUACCUUGUUUGAAUGAUAAUAUUAUCUUUUGUCAUGGCUUUUUUAUUUCAAAAAGUGUUAUUUACAUUUCAUUCCAUUCUCUAAGUUUACAGUACUGCUCUAAAGCUAAAACAUAGUCAAAAUGAUAAAAAAUUAAACAAUCUUUUACAAAGAUAUCUCAUUUCAUGUUUAUGUGAUUGAAUAAAUUACCUGGAAAGAUUAUAUGGAUGAGAUGAAUCUGAUUGACUUAUUUUUGUCGAGCCUUCGACUUUAGUCGAAAAAGCGAGACAUAGCGAUCCUACAUUCUGUCGGCGGCGGCGGCGUCCACAAAUAUUCACUCUGUGGUUAAAGUUUUUGAAAUUUUAAUAACUUUCUUAAACUAUCCUGGAUUUGUACCAAACUUGGACAGAAGCUUGUUUAUGAUCAUAAGAUAGUAUCCAGAAGUAAAUUUUGUAAAAAUAAAAUUCCAUUUUUUCCGUAUUUUACUUUUAAAUGGACUUAGUUUUUCUGCCGGGAAAUAUUACAUUCACUCUGUGGUUAAAGUUUUUAGAAUUUUAAUAACUUUCUUAAACUAUCCUGGGUUUGUACCAAACUUGGACAGAAGCUUUUUUAUGAUCAUAAGAUAGUAUCCAGAAGUAAAUUUUGUAAAAAAAUAAAUCCAUUUUUUCCUUAUUUUACUUUUAAAUGGACUUAGAUUUUCUGCCAGGAAACAACACAUUCCUUCUGUGGUUAAAGUUUUUAAAAUUUUAAUAACUUUCUUAUACUAUUUUGGAUUUGUACCAAACUUGGACAGAAGCUUGUUUAUGAUCAAAAGCUAGUAUCUAGAAGGAAAUUUUGUAAAAAAAUAAAUCCAUUUUUUCCGUAUUUUACUUUUAAAUGGACUUAGAUUUUCUGCCAGGAAACAACACAUUCACUCUGUGGUUAAAGUUUUUAAAAUUUUAAUAACUUUCUUAUACUAUUUUGGAUUUGUACCAAACUUGGACAGAAGCUUGUUUAUGAUCAAUGCUAGUAUCUAGAAGGAAAUUUUGUUUUCUUCCAGUUAACAUUACAUUCAGUCUGCAGUUAAAGUUUUUAAACAUUUAUUAGAUUCAUAAACUAUCCUGGAUUUUUACCAAACUUGGACAGAAGCUUCUUACAAUCAAAAGAUAGUAUCAAGAGGAAUAUUUUUAUUUUUAUUUACUUCCUCAUUUUUGUUGAGCCUGCGAUUAACAGAAAAAGUAAGCGAGACACUGGGUUCCACGGAACCCUUACAAAUUUUUUUAAUGAGAAGAAUCUGAAUGGCCUAUUUCUUUUAUGAUUAAUCUGAUUGACCUAUUUCUUUUAUGAGAUGAUUUUGAUUGACCUUUUUCUAUGAGAUUAUUUGGAUUGACCUAUUUACUUUGAGAUAAUUGUUAUUGACCUAUUACUUUUAUGACACAAUUCUGAUUGACCUAUCCUUAUUUAAGUAGAUUAUUGUUGAGCUAUUUCUUUUAAGAUGAAUCUGAUUGACCUAUUUCAUUUAUGACAUGAUUAUAUUGACCUGUUUAUUUUCUGAAAUGAUUUUGAUUGACCCAUUACUUUUGUUAGAUGAUUAUUACAGACCUGUUUCUUUUGAGGUGAUUUGGUUUGACCUAUUUCUUCAACUGUUAGAAUGAUGCCAAACAUGUGGAAAGUACAGUUAAAUUUUUGAUGAAAUUGUAUAUAUAUAGAUUCUACCACUGCAUCGAGUGUGAUACGAUAUUUAUCCACUCGAGACAGUUAAAUUUUCAAAUUUAAAACGCGAGGCUUGCCGAGCGUUUUAAAUAUUUAAAAUUUAACUGUCGAGAGUGGAUAAAUAUCGUAUUACACGAAAUUUGGUGGUGGAAUCUGUUUCUCUAAUGAUUUUCAAACAAUAUGUAGGCAAACUUAUUCCAUCUUUUCGAAUGAUCUGUAAAAAGAUGUGUUCUUUCUAUGUGACGUCAUCAGGCAUGGUCGCCUUUUUUCAUGCCGUCACAAUAGGAAAUUCAGAGGAAAGCAAGUAAAUUCGGAUUUCAACCAAUGAAGAACUGAGAUCAAACGAACCACACGUUGAUUAAAUUUUUUUUAUACAAUGGGUGCAGAAAGGGAUAAAUUGACGAAGAAUAAGAGAAAUAUCCUUGGCUUAUUUUGCUUUGGAAUAGCAAACAUGACUGUUAUGGUGACAAAUAUGGUCCUGUUUUUCUCCAUAGGAAAUAACAUUUUAAAAUUGUUUCACAUGGCUUAGACCAUUAUAAAACUUAAAUGAUGAUGUCUAAAUUAAUUCAUUUUGUGAAUAGAUUGUGCAAUGUUAUGGUUAAUAUAUAGAAUCUAAAGAUAUUUUUGUAUUACACAUAUCAUUCCUGGCCAUAAAUGGUGCUAAUGUUUCUCUUUCCUGUGGCAUUAUUUUAAGAUGUAUUUGAAUCAGUUAUUAAUUUUGAAUAUGUGUUCAUAGUGCUUCUCUGUAAACUUGGUUGGUAAAAUUUUUGUGGACGCUAAGUUUAACCCAAUUAUUGUAUGUAUAUAUUUCAGUAAUCACAUAAAGUUUUGUUGAUGUUUUUUUCUCGAUCAACCUAUCAGAAAUCUUAACAUGCAAUUAUGAUCUACAUUAUUUUGAUCUUCUUUAUCUUGAUUUAUAUGUUAUCAUUUAAGCUAAUACAUUAAGCACAUCACUGAUUUCGAUAACUAGAUUUCUAGAUUGUCUUAAUCAAAUGCAAACAAUUUUAGUCCAUUAGUGUUGGUAAUGUGAUCUAAUUUCACAUAUGUAUUAUGUCCCUUUUUGAAAGAAAAUGUAGAUUUUUGGGAAAUUCAGAAUACUAAAUACAUCCUUUAUGUGUUGUUUUAUUUCUGUUUAAAUGGGCAGUUAAAUAUUAUUGUCAAUCCUAUGUCAGACAUUAUAUGAUAACUAUCCCUCAAAUCAUUCAUUAACUUUUCACUCAUUAACAUGGUUAGCCACAAAACUUAAGGGCCCUAUAAAUUUAUUAAAAAGAUGUUUAAACCUUAUAAUCCUAAUUAAAAAAAAAAUAGUACUUAGUUCAAUUAAUCCAUAGAUUUGUUAUUUAUUUUGAAAGGCCACUGGCUACCAUUCUGGGUAAUAUUGCCAAGCUUAGGAUUUUCCUGGAAAUACCUAUCAUAUUGAAUUUUCAAAUGCCAGUAGAUUAUUUUAUUAAAAACGUACCAAAAAAAUAAAAGACCUACAUUACAAACAGUUUUUAUGCCCCUGCUGUAGCGGUGGGGGCCUUAAGUUUUACCCUUGUCCGUCUGUACGUACGUACGUCCCAAAAUUGGUUUCCGUUCUCUAACUUGAGUUUGUCUCAACCAAAUGUUAUGAAACUUAUACACAAUGCUUAUUACCACAAAACACAGAUCAAGUUUGAAUUUUUGUGACGUCACUUUAACUGUUUUAGAGUAAUGCCCCUUUAUAAAUGGAAAAAUUGCAAAAUUUUUAGUUUCCGUUCUCUAACAUAAGUUUGCCUCAACCAAAUGUUAUCAAACUUAUACACAAUGCUUAUUACCACAAAACACAGAUCAAGUUUGAAUUUUGGUUGCAUCACUUUAACCGUUCUAGAGUUAUGCUCCUUUAUAAAUGGAAAAAUUGGAAAAUUUUUAUUUUCUUUUAAAUAUCAAGUAAUUUUUAAAAUUGGAGUUAUCUUCCUUUGUCCAUGAUUAUAUUUGAAUCAACUACUAUCAAUGCUUUAUACAAUGCAAUGUUUAAUUUUGACUUCCACUGAUAAAACACAGAUCAAGUUGAAUUUGGGAAGUGUCACUUUAACCAUUAUUGAGUUAUGCCCCUUUAUAAAUCGAAAGAUUGCAAAAUAUUUAGUUUCCAUUCUGUAACUUAAGUUUGCCCCAACCAAACUUUAUGAAACCUAUACACAAUAUUCAUUACCACAAAACUAAGAUCAAGUACAAAUUUUUUGUUUCCGUUUUCUAACUUUAGUUUGCUUCAACCAAAUGUUAUGAAACUUAUACACAAUGCUUAUUACUACAUAAUACAGAUUAAGUACGAAAUUUGGUGGCGACACUUUUACCAUUCUUGAGUUAUGUCCCUUUAUAAACAUAAAAAUUGUUCUCUAACUUUAGUUUGUCUCAUCCAAAUGUUAUAAAACUUAUAAACAAACGUUCUAGAGUUAUGCGUGUUUACAAAUAGAAAAAUUGCUGAAUUUUUAGUUUCUGUUUUCUAAAGUUAGCCUCAACUAAAUGUUAUGAGACUUACACACAAUGCUUAUUACCACAAAACUCAGAUCAAGUUCAAAUUUGGGUAGCAUCACUUUUACCGUUCUUCAGUUAUGUCCCUUUAUAACUAUAUGAUAUGCAAGCGGGGGCAUCAUCUGUGUCCACAUGUGGACACUAUCCACAUUUAUUUUUCAAUAUUAUAUAUUAGGGAUGUCAACGAGUACUCGAGUAUUCGAGUAUUGCUCGGUAGUACCGAGUAUCGAAUACCAAACCGAUACUCGACUAAUGGGUUUCCUGUUAGAAUAUUGCUGUUUUCUUUAUAUUAAAUUGGUCUUCUUGAGAUCCUCUUUUGGAAAAUUAAAUAGGCAUCACUGAUUAAUCAUACUAGUAAGUAAAAUACAUUUUGUUUCGAAUGCUUGUGCUAAAUUGUCAUUUAAAAUGCCUCCGAAAAUAUGUGGGCUAUACCUAGGCUAACACUUUAAACUAAACAUGUCUUAGCCAUUCCGUCACAUCGGUACCGUCAGAGCAAAUAUUUUCAUCUGCAAGACUGUAAUUUACAAAGUUGCAAAACCGACUGUCCCCAAUAAUAGUUGACAAGAAAAUGUUUCCAAAUAAAACAAAUUCGUUGCAUCCUCAGUCUGAUGACCCUCAGUGAAUAGUUAAACUUCUAAUCAUUACGCCUUUGUAAACAUUAAAUGUGUUUUCUUAACGAUUACCAAAUACUAUUGUUUGAUAUGUUUUUUCCUUGUUAUAAUUUUUAAAUAGGUGUUCUUUAAAUUAUGUUGAUUAGAUUAUUGUUUUUUACUUAAUUAGUACUUGUAGGUAAUGAGCUUUUAAUUAUGGUGUGUAAUUCCUUGUUCCAGAUACUUAUGUAGAUGGUUUUUCGUCCGUUGAACAACAAACGAUAGAAUAUAAAGUACGCAUUUUUAUGUUUCCGUGUUGUAGAUAUUUUCCCGAGCGAGUACUCGAGUAUCGCUCGAUAAAACCAACAAAUACUUGAUUAGUAAUUGUUCACCGAGUUGACAUCCCUAUUAUAUAUUAAUAGAUUUAAUAAAACAAGCGCAAAAAUAACCUCUGAUGUUGAUAUUUGACACAAGAUAAAAUAAUGAAAGAAUUGUUUUUUACAAUCUGUUUUAAGUUAGCAUGGCCUAGAAAUUUUUAUUAUUACUUUUGUAAAUUGUUGAAAUGUAAAAAAAUUGUAAAUGAACAUUUAAAAACUGUUUUGAAUAUAUUUGCAAUAUUCCUAUGAUGUCUUUGUGGUCUGCAUGUUUUGAUCACCUUUAAUGUCCUUUUAUUUAAGUUUGAAUGAGUAUAAUUAAUUUUUUGUUUGUAUGAGUAAACACAUUUUUGUAUUGUAGUGAGAUUGUUUAAAUGAAGAUGUGUAAAAUAAAUAAUAUUGAGUGAAA